AUGCCUUUUACUCUCUUCUCCUCCGAUAUCUAUAAUCUUCUUUUCAGUGGUAAUUCUUCCCCGACUUCAUCAGUUCUUACCUCCAGACGUCUUUUCAAUUCUAUGAGGGGAAUCUCAUUUUUUUCAUCCCAUUCGUCUGAUUCUUCAUAUGCAGAGUUUCCUUGUUCUUCGCUAGGAACAUCUUUCAUAUUUGUCCCUCGAGAUAUGAGUUCUACCUGCAUUUCAGAAUCAUGUUCUCCCAAAUCCCUACUCAGUCCGGCUAGUGUCACUUGCCGUAUUGGCCUUUCUUUCUCUGUGACCUCAGGAAUACCACAAACUUCGAUUCCUGUUCCACCAUCUCCCUCUCUCUCUCACUCUUUCUCUCUCUCUCUCUCUCUCUCUCUCUCUCUCUCUCUCUCUCUUGUCCACCCAAUGCUUAAUAUUGUUGUCCGAGUAGGUAGUUUCAUAUCUUCUUUAGACAAAUUGCCAAGCAGAAUUUCUUCCUUACUCGUAAUCAAGCCAACUGCGCCUGAACCAUUGCGUCUCCUCUCUUUGCUGGGUCAGAGUAAGCCACCUUUGCUAGAGCCAACACUCGACCUGCCAAGUCCGCUAUCGAUUCCUCCCGCUUCAUGCUCUUAUAGCUGCCAAAUUGACGACUUAUUUCCGAUUCCACGUCUCUCUACGAAGAACUAG